ACCGAUUGAUGGCCUUCUCGUAAAAACAAAACCUUGCUCACGAAUCCCCUCUCUCUCGGCGUCGGCGUCGGCGGCGGCGACGGCCACGCGUAGUUGACGGCGAGCCUUAGGGUUUGAUGCUCUAAGGUUUCUCUGGCCAUGGCUCCGCAUUACCAGGCCGCCACCCUGAUUGCCUCCCCGUCCUAUCCAGACGCCAUCACUUGGUCAAGCGACAACUUGGUGGCCGUUGCCUCUGGCCACAUCGUCACGAUCCUGAACCCGGCGGCACUCGACGGGCCUCGCGGACUCGUUGUGCUUCGCCCUAGGGAUCCUUUUCCCAUUGGAGUGGUCAACAGGGAAGAUCUCUUUGAACCAAGUUUAGUGCCUACAUCCUUAGCCCGUGAUACUGAACCGUGUGCACGGUCAGUUUCAUGGUCCCAACAAGGAUUUGCUCCAAAUUCUGGUUGUUUGUUGGCUGUCUGUACUGUUGAUGGUCACGUGAAUCUUUACCGCUCACCAGUUUCUGAAUUUUGUGAUGACUGGAUUAAGGUUGCGGAUAUAUCUCAAUUGUUGUUUAACUAUUACAAAAAUAUUAACUUUGGAGAGGAUGAUGGUCCAGAUUCAUUUCCUCAGGAAAAGGCAAAUACUGACCACGCUCCUCAGGAAAAGUUAAAUAACAAGCACACACUGGACACAGGAUAUGCCGGUGAAUUGCAAGAACCUCUUUCUCAAAGGGGUCCUGGACGGAGAAAAAGGAAGCCAGUAAGAGUUGAAGGCUAUGUUUAUGAUGAUGAUGAUGGAGAUGAUACUUCAAAGGAUGCAGACUUCUCUCUGAAUCCAUGCCCUACAUUAGCGAAGAUGCCUGCGAAAAAGAUUGACAUGCCUGUGCAUGAAAUGGCUGUCGUAAUUGCGCAAGCUGGCUCACAAAAUACCAAAGAAGCAUUAUCUUGCAAUGGAGAAAACAAACUUCCUCCUCUGAUCACAGCAAAACAAUAUUCACAUCGCAAUGCACUUUUGUCUUCUCUCGUAGUUGCAUGGUCACCAGUUUUGCUAUCACACACUUCUAUUUCUCAUUGGUGCAUUCUUGCUGUUGGCUCGAAGUCUGGGGAUGUUUCAUUUUGGAAACUAUAUAAGCCCAAGCACUACACAUUAAAUGUUUGCACUGUUACCAAAGAUCCAAUAUUCGUUGGCGUUCUUCAAGCUCAUAAUUCAUCGGUUUGUGCCAUGAGCUGGGAAGUUUCAUGUUCAAGGUCUUCAAUGUCUUCAUUGCUUUUAGCAACUGGAUGCUCAGAUGGAAGUGUGAAGAUAUGGUCAGGUGAUAUGGAAGGAUUGAAUCAAUGUUCAGAUGGAAAAGAACUGUCAUUUUCGUCAGUUGCAGAGGUGACCACUAAUUCAUCAGCUCCUGUCUCAUCAAUUUCAUUGUCCACACCAGCUCAGCCUCAACAUGAGGUUAAUUUGGCAGUUGGAAGAGCAUCUGGAUCACUGGAAACAUGGAUAUUGGACCUGCGCAGCAACAAAGUUGAGAAUAGCAGUAAAUGUCAUGCACAUGAUCGAGUGGUGACAGGUUUAUCAUGGGGUUUAGAUGGCCACUGUUUAUACAGCUGCAGUCAGGAUAAUUCUGCACGCUGUUGGAUCUUUGAAAAGAAUCAACUUGAAGAAGUUCCCGUGCACACAAAUUUCCCAGAGCUAAAAGAGUCGAUAGAUCUCUCAGUAGUAUCUCAUCAAUGCUUUGGUCUUACACUUGCACCUGGAGAAGUAAUGAUUGCUGUGGUCCGCAGCUUGGACCCAAAUAUGCUAGAUCAGAUGUAUCAAGCCAGGACACAAAAGGCAGUGGUUGAGUUCAUUUGGAUUGGUGGUCAGUUCCUUGGCAUUUCACUAAACAAGGACAUUUAUAUCUCCAGCAAACAACCUGCAAAGUCAUCCGAGACAAACUUCUUAUGGUGGGGUUCCAACAUUCUUUGGUCAUUGAAGAAUUAUGAAAAAUGUGAAACCGGACUUGUGUUAUGGGAUGUCAUAGUUGCUUUACAAGUGCUCAUGAAAUCUGCACCAGCAUUUCUGGAGACACUAAUGCAUAAAUGGGUCUCAGAUUUGUUUUCAGAUGAUCAACAACGUGUUUCUAUCGAUACCCUGUGUCAGUGUAGAAAGGACAUGAUGUCAAAUCUCAGCUCGCGGAAGCUACACCUGCUGAAUAUCAUUUGUAGGAAAGUAAUGCUUCGUGAUCCUGCUGGAGAAAAUGGUAAUAGCACGUCAACUGAUUUGUGGAGCAGUCUUCUGUUGAGCAGCGAAAGAGAGCUACGAGAGAGACUUGUGGCUUUCACUUUUGCGGCUGUCUUGAAUCGAAUGUCAUAUUUUCGCAAGGGCGCAUGUGCUGAAAACAUGUGGUUUCCUGUUGGUGUUGCCCAGAUGCUUUCUUGGGUGUCUAUGAACAGUGGAGGAGUGCAUAAUCAGCUCAGGUCUCUCUGUUCGACAAUUAAACGCCUUGGAAGCAGGAUCAACUCUGUUUGUGAAUACUCGGCUGAAGAAACAUGUGCCUAUUGCUCCGCACCGGUUCACUUCGAGUCACCUGACAUAGCCUUGUGUGGAAGCGUCGAUCCUGCUAUUGUUCCCACCGAAAGGCACAAGCUCUCGAGAUGCUUGGCAUCGAUGCGCUUAUGCUCUGUUCUGGAACCGACCUGGUACUGUGUAUGUUGUGGAGGAAUGGUUGAUAAGCUUGUGCCCGAGACCUAUUUCGCCAUGAAGACAUCUCCUCUGUUGGGUGCUGUUGAUCCUGAUGAUGAAUCGUCACUCUGUUCAGCACCUGCUGUUCCUCGUUGCCCCUUCUGCGGCAUACUGCUGCAGAGGUUGAUGCCAGAGUUCCUGCUCUCCGUCUCCCCAGUAUAGAAGCUAGUGGGACUUUCCUGCUCAAGUGCAUGUGGUCUCCUUUUGCAGUAUUGUGCGUUUGUUCUUUAUUCCUAGACUAGAGGCUGCCGAAAAAGGAUGGAAAGCAACGUUAUCCUGUGGACAGCAUGAUUGUUCUCGGGGAGAUGCUUGUUUCGAAUAUUAUGUUGGUCAGCGCGUGCAGUGGCAUCUGUAGCUUCGGUAGAGGUCGAGGAAGAGCCAGAUAGUCUAAACGCAAAAGGAAAUGGUUCAAGAGAAAAGGCCUAGCAGCUUAAAGCUCAUCAUGCUGUACAUAUUAAUGUUUGCCCUCUUUUUUUCCCUCCUUUUGUCUCUGCGGUCCUCCUUUUGUCUCUGCGGUCCAAAAGGCUUCUAGAGCUCGUAACUGGUCAAGUGUUUUAGCAUAUGAAUAAUGUACACAAGAUUACUUUCCAUUGCUGAGCCGUGGACAUAAGUGUUCAUGUCUCGAUCUUUAAGAUUUUAUUUAUAGGGUUUUCAUGUCUCGAUUUAUAUGAUUUGUCAGUUUAGCUUUUGGUGAGGCUGUGCUUCAGAUUGUUGGUUACUUUGGUGUAUAAUCGACAGAAGCAAGUGAGUUUGGCAAAAACAGAAUGUACAACAUAUAUAUAGAGGGCUGUGGAAAAGAUUUGUUCGGUUU